CGCCGGGAAACGCUCGCGCGCGGCCCGAUCGGUCAGACUCAGACGCGACGCGGAUCCGGUAAACUUAACGGCCGGGAGCGAUCGAGGGGAGGAGGACACGUUCGCGCCCGCUCCCGCUCUCUCCUGGCCCUCGGCCGGACUUGGAGGAAGGAACCGACGACCCCUUCUCCUAGCCCCUAUUUAUACGUCCCCGAUCGCGAUCGAGCUCUCCGCCCUAUCCCAUGCGCCGCGCCGCGCCGCGCCGCGUUGCGUUCGUCCAGAAUCCAAACAGUACGGUACAUCACCUCCUCCCUUGACCUCUCGUCUCCGAAGAAGAGAUUCUGCCGAGACAAGAUGAUGGAGAAGCAGAGCAGGGAGCACCAGGAAGGCUGGCGGCGGCAGAAGCAGCAGCAGGAGGAGGAGGUGGUGAUGGUGAUGCACAGCCAGGUGAUGCGGAUCAAGCAGGAGGAGGACGAGCGGGCCAAGGUGCACGAGACGUACCAGCACCACGUCUCCGAGAUGCGCCGAGGCCUGCGGGACCUCGACAGGCAGCGCUCCCGCUCCCCGCUCGGCCGCGCCGCCCGCACCGCCAUCUCCAUCGGCGGCGACUCCUAGGGAAUUUACUGGAGCUGGAGCUGGAGCCGAUCGAUCCCCUCGGGGAUGGGCUGUGGGGAAGGCGUCCUCGGUCGGCGAUCGCCGUCGUCUCGCCCUCGCCCUCGCCAUUCCCUCGCUAGGGUCGAUUGAUCGAUCGUUGGUAGGAUCCGUUUCGUAUCGUCGUCUUCUUGGCACGGUCGGAGUGCUUUUUGAGAAGCACGCAUUUUCAUUCUAUAUUGGUUUUAGGGUGAUAUAAUGGAUCAAUCAUGUAAAUAUUUUUCUUCAUCAUUCGAUCGAUCUACAGGAUGAUGCAAAAAUCUGUUUGGUUUGAGAAAUAAGUUUAUCUUCUCAAUCUUUAUUUUUUUGAUUUGCGAAAUAGAAUGAGUUGAUCACUCA